AGUGGGCUGGAGGAAGGUCAGCAGCCCUCCGGGCCGAAGCUGCUGCCUCUGGUUGGAAACCUGCUGCAGCUGGACCUCAGGAGGCCUGACAGAAGCCUGUGUGAGCUCUCCGAGAAGUAUGGAUCUGUGUUCAUGGUUCACCUGGGACACGAAAAAGUGGUGGUUCUGGCCGGGUACAAGGCAUUUAGAGAGGCUCUGGUCGGCUACGCAGAGGAGUUUGGAGAACUAUUUAUUACUCCUCUAUUCAGUGAUAUGAAGCCAGGAGGAAUCCUGUUUGCAAAUGGAGAAUCGUGGAAAGAGAUGAGACGCUGCACCCUCAAAGACUUUGGGAAUGGAAGAAGAAUGUAUGAGGAUAAAAUCUUGGAGGAAUGUGGAUAUCUGAUGGAAAUGUUUGAACAGCAUGAAGGGAAACCCUUUGACACAGCUCGUCCUGUGAAUUACGCAGUAUCCAACAUCAUCUCUUCUAUUGUGUACAGAAGCAGAUUUGAAUACGAAGAUCCUCGAUUCAUAAACUUGUCGUCUCGGGCCGCUGACAGCAUCUCUGUCGCAGGUUUUGCAUCAGUCCAGCUUUACAACAUGUUUCCCAGAGCGUUCUACUGGGUGAAAAACCGUCAGGUGAUUUUAAAACAUGUUGAAAACAAUGGAAGAGAUGUGAAGGAUUUAGUGAAGCAUCUGAAAGAGACGCUGAACCCCAGCAUGUGCCGAGGGUUUGUGGACUGUUUUCUGAUCCAGCAGCAGAAAGAACAGGACUCAGGUGUUCCAGACUCUCUGUACUCUGUCCAGAACUUGGUGUACUCAGUGACUAACCUGUUUGCUGCUGGAACCGACGCCACAUCCUCCACCCUGAGAUGAGCUUUACUGGUUAUGGCCAAAUGUCCACAGAUUCAGGACCAGGUCCAGGAGGAGCUGGACAGGGUGGUUGGAGGUCGUCAGGUCCAGAUGGACGACCGCAGGAAGCUGCCGUUUACUGACGCUGUGAUUCAUGAGACUCAGAGGAUGGUGAACAUCGUCCCCAUGGCCAUCCCUCACCAGACCAGCCGGGACGUCACCUUCCAGGGAUACUUCAUCAGACAGGGAACCACAGUGUUUCCUCUGCUGACUUCUGUCCUGUAUGAUGACAGUGAAUGGGAGAGUCCACACACCUUCAAUCACGCUCAUUUCCUCAACCAGGAGGGCAAGUUCAUCUGGAGAGACGUCUUCAUGGUCUUCUCUGCAGGCUGCAGGGUUUGUGUUGGAGAGAGUAUGGUCAGGAUGGAGCUCUUCCUCUUCUUCACCUCCCUCCUGCAGCGCUUUCGCUUCACUGCUCCACCUGGAGUUUCAGAAGAUCAGCUGGACGUGACUCCAGCUGUAGGAUUCACUCUGUCUCCUCCACCUCAGCAGCUGUGUGCUGUCGGCCACCGCUGAAGAACAUUCAUGGUAGUGGGGGCUGAGCUGAAGAAGAACCAGAACUGCUGGUUUUGGUCUUCAGUGUGGAGAAACAUCCAAACCCACCGAUGCUGUAAUCAGACCUGAGACCUGCUGUAGGUUCAGGUUAGAGUUACAUCCUAAAGAUGUUUCCACGAUUUAACAGAGUUUGCUGUUUUUAACUGAAUGUUUUCAUGAUUUUAUGGAACCUCGAGUUCAUCUGAUCCCCAUCAAUGUUCAGAAUAAAAUAAACUGUA